AUGGAAAUUGUGGAAGGAGAAGCUACUCACGUCGUCGAUAUUCCGGGAGUCAACGACAACGAGGGCCUCCUAGCCAAGAUUAGAGACAGGUGCUCCAACUGUGACACAUCAACAUUGCCUCCUGAAACAAGAACCAAUGAAAAGCGUUGCAUCUUCAGGCUUCCUACGAGGCUCCAGAACAUAAACGGUAAGUCGAUCGAGCCCCAGGUGGUCGCCCUCGGACCCUACCACCACGGCAAGCCUCGGCUCCAGAUGAUGGAGGAGCUCAAGUGGCGGUGGUUCACCUACUUAAUGGAGAGUAUAAAUGGAAAAUUAGAGGAGUGCUUGAUAGAAUUAGGUCUACUUGAAAAGGAAGUGAGGGAGUGUUAUUCCGAAUCCGAAACCAUCAACCUCAGUAGCGAUGAGCUCCUUCAAAUGAUGCUCGUUGAUGGUUGUUUUAUAUUAAUGUUGUUUAUCAGGACUUUUAUACAAAUAGCUUAUCCUUAUCGAGAUCUAGAUCUAGCUGAAGCUAUAGAUCUAGAUCUAGAUGUAGCUAAAACUCUACCUCCACGUCUAGCUGACGAUCUACAGCUAGAUCUAGAUGUAGCUACAAUGUUCCUGGUCGACAUCCCUAUCUUCAGGCUAGAUAUGGUAAUAUUACCCAAGAUAUACAGGGACUUGCUCCUGCUUGAGAAUCAAAUCCCGUCUUGUGUUCUGAAGACGUUAUAUAGAAUUUGCUGUAAUAUUAGCUCCAAUAAGUACUCAUUGUCCUAUAUGGCCAUGACUUUUCUUUGCUCCACAUCGGUCAUUCCAAACUCUAGAAAUAUGCCUGGUUCGCUCGAAUGGUUGCAUUUGCUUGACCUUGUUCGGUUGAUAUUUAUCUCACGUCGUUCUACUAAAGUAAUCUCGGGAACACACAUCAGACCAUUCAAUCCAAUUCCCUGUGUCACGAAGCUAUGUCGUGCCGGGAUUAAGGUCAAUCGGUAUAUAGCAGACACCUUUUUGGAUGUGAAAUUCAAGAACGGUGUGAUUAAGAUGCCCGAUAUAAUUCUCGACGACUCAAUGUGCUCGUUGCUAGUGAACUGUGUGGCAUUCGAGCAGUCGUACAACAUUUCCAAAUACUUUUCGAAUUAUGUUACGUUGUUGGAUUGCCUUGUCAACACUACUAGGGAUGUUGACUAUCUUUGUAACUGUCGAGUCAUUGACAAUUUCUUUGGGACUGACGCCGAGGCCACACAAUUCAUCAAUAACUUGGGCAAGGACUUGACCAUUAUUUAUAAAGAUCGUGGUGACAAUGAUGACUUUUUUUUGUUGGACGUUUUUGGAGAUGUAAACGAGUAUUAUCGGAAAAGGUUGAGUUGGGGUAAUUGGCAGUGGACGAGCAAUUGGCAGUGGACGAGCUUCAAGCGUGAGUAUUUUGGAAGGCCAUGGUUGUUGAUUCCGGCAUUGGUUGGGUUUGUGAUCUUGGUGCUUACAUUUUUGCAAACCCACUACACCAUUUGUGAUCAUGUGCAUCCUAAAAACUAA